GGAGAAAUUAUCCAACUGCCAACUUGUACUUUAAAAGUGUGUGGAGAAUCGAAUGUUUGUUGAUACAAUAUGUUGAUAGUGAAGAUGAGUUUUUAAAAGAUAUGGCAAAGAAUAUGAAAAAUAAAUUUGAUAAAUAUUGGGAAAAAUUAUAGUGUUGUUCUUUCUUUUGCUGCCAUGAUGGAUCCUCGUUAUAAAUUUCAAUUGAUCAAAUAUUGUUUUGAACACUUGGAUCCUCAAAAUGGAUCCUGGAAAGCCAACCAAGUCAAAGACAAACUCUAUGAUUUAUUUGCGGAGUAUGUAAGGAAUGAUACUCCCUAUGGCCAUGAAGCUAGUAGUAAUGUCGUGGAUGAUGAUCUUCCUGGAUUUUCAUCUUUUGCUGGAGGGACUAGUGGAAAUUUGUCACAAUUAGAUAUUUAUCUUGACGAGUCUAAGCUUGAUCAUCAUCUUGAACUAGAUGUAUUGCAAUGGUGGAAAACAAAUGAAACUCGACAUGCCCAGGUUGCGCGUAUGGCAAGGGGUUUAUUAGCCAUUUCAAUUAUUACUGUUGCAUCCGAGUCAGCUUUUAGCUUAGGAGGUAGAGUGCUUACUAAGUAUAGAGCUUCUCUUCAACCGGAUAUUGCUGAGGCUUUAAUUACUAGUCGUAGUUGGCUAUUUGGUUAUAAAGUAAAAGAAGAUCCACUUGAAAAUGGAUUAGAGGUUGAUCUUCAACCAAUAUUGGAUAUUCUAAUGUUUUAUGAUAACCAGUUGGAUCAAUCCGAACCUGCCCGAAACCUUGAGUGA